AUAGUCGGUACUUUUCUUUCUCAUAAACCUGCAUGUAUACUAUCGUACCUUCUUCCCAUUCCAAAAUCUCCUUUGUCUUUCCGCAUUUUCUCUUCUAGUCGUCUCGAAUUUUCCCCAGAAAAUCGAGAAAGAAAGUGAGAGAGAGUAAUCAUUUCUAUCAAUCCUAUACAUGACUUCAGAUUACGCAUUGCAAGUUCCUCCUGAGCUGGAAACAGCUUUGCAAUUGAAGACUGUACGUUAUUUUGUUACGCAAAGACCAUGGCUUGAUCUUUAUGGAGUAAACAUUAGACCUGUUGCACCUUAUGGAAGUGCAAGUAGAAGACAAAUUAAUGAUUCUGCAUUGAUACACCGUUCCUUGCCUGAUGAGCUACUCUUGGAGGUCUUUUUACGAAUGAAUCCAUAUGACUUAGGAAGGGCUGCAUGUGUUUGUCGAAAAUGGAGGUACACUCUUCGUAACCCUGUAUUCUGGCGUAGUGCUUGUUUAAAGGCUUGGCAGCUGUGUGGAAUGGUGGAGAACUAUAAGAUUUUGCAAUCAAAAUAUGAGAGCUCAUGGAGGAAAAUGUGGCUUUUAAGACCAAGGGUUCGCACAGAUGGUCUGUACGUGAGUAGGAACACAUAUAUUCGUACUGGUGUAAGAGAGUGGACUAUCACCAAUCCAGUUCAUUUGGUUUGCUAUUAUCGUUACAUGAGAUUCUUACCUUCUGGCAGGUUUCUUUAUAAAACUUCUUCUCAUACAGUGAAGGAAGUUGUAAAAUGCAUGAAUUAUCGUGCAUCUAAAGCAGAUGAUGUUUUUACUGGCCGUUACACAUUGAACGAUGACAGGAUUGAAGCUGCUUUUGUGUACCCUGGCAUGCGUCCUACCAUGUGGAAAGUCUGUUUAAGGAUAAGAGGAACAACCACUGGGGCUAACAAUCGGCUGGAUAUACUCUCCCUUGUUACGAGUAAAGUGGACAAUAAUGGGGUCAGUGGGCCUGAAGAGGACAUAGUUGGAGUCGUCGACGACUGGCAGGAGGAUGAGAUUUCUCGGACGUCGCACAAGAGGGGACUUGCACCUUUUGCAUUUGUUCCUUUUGAAGAGGUGGAAACAUCCGUUCUGAACCUGCCUGUGGAAAAGAUGGAUUUUUAUGUUCCUGGCUAGGACCUGGAAAGAUGGAUUAUUCCGUUCCUGGCUAGGACCUGGAUUUCGCUUUGUACAUAUGUAAUUAUUAUACCUUAAUAUGUGUAUGAUAUGUAGUUUGCGUUCCAUUUUGUUUCCGGCUUUCAGUGUUUGUCUUCACAUCUCUGUAUGCGGCAACAAUAGUACAAUGUGCCAUAAAAUCUGUUCUGGUGCUGGAUCCACUCAUACUGACGAUUUGAACAGUCAGAAUUUUAUUCUAUUACAGAAUGUUCAAAUAUAGUUGUUUUACCAGCUUUAAGAGAAGACAUAAUAUUAGUGCU